UAUUAAUACCAUUAUUACGAUUAUUAUUAUUAUUGUUGUUGUUAUUAUUAUUAUUAUAUUAUUAAUAUCAUUAUCAUUAUUAUUAGCCAUAAAUAUCUGUAAAUAUUUGACCCCUCAAACUAGUCCAGUUGUCCUGUUAACAAAGACUUUCUCUUAUUUUUAUCUCAUGAUGGUUCUGGUUCUGGAGUACAUUUGCACCCUCACCUCAGGCCUGUUGGUUCCAGGAUCUUCAAUAAUGUCACAGAGAUCCACUGAAGCCUGACCUGAUCCCAGCUGAUGUGAUGAACUCUGUCUCCCCCUGCUGGUCUCUGUUGGUCAUCACAGGGUUAAAGGAAAAAGGGACUCAUGGUAAAGCUUGAUCAUUUAAUUUAAUCUGAUUUUGUCUUUUAAACAUGUUCGGCUGAGAAAUAUGAGAUUAAGUCGAUAUUUUCAUCUGAGUUACAGCAAAUUAAACUAAUUAUUGACUCCCAAACACAACACACCUGUCUCUGUAGUUCAACGAGGAUUUAUAAUCCUCUCAGUCCUUUAUAGGUGAGAGCGGGAUUAUUCUUCAUCAUUAUAAAGUCUUUCAGCACAGAAGCACGAGGAGAGUCUUCUUCUUCUUCUGUUUUUAUGGCAGCAGUUAAACUAUGACUCUAAGGUGUACAUCAUCGGCAUCAUCAGCACUCACACCUGACCCUAAACUCCUCCCCCUCUCUAUGCCAGGAGACAGUGACUCCGCCCACUUCUGUCUCAGUCAAACUGAUCUAACUUCAGUCUUUUUAAAUGAUCAGUCUGAGGUCAAAGUUCACAACAAAUUCAUCCUCACAGGUAAAUAAAUACAAAUGUAGAAAUAAAUACAGAUACACACAGGAGUGAGAUCCUGUUCUUUUUCUGCAUAUUCAUGAUUAAAUCUUCAGUUUUUACUCUGAUAUUAAAGAUUCAGCCUCGGUCUGUUAAAGUACACGUUUGGACUAUGAGCCAGCGUCUUAUUUUGGAGGGUCAGAGUCAUUGAUUAGUUGGAUUAAAGUUAAUCUCAGAAUUACUGAUUUAAAAAAAUGACUCAAAGUUCAUGGACUUCCCUUUUUCAGUUCAUUUUUAAAGAAUAUUUAUAGAAAUAGAAUCUGGAGGUUCUGACACACAGACACAGAGAGGGUUCUGGUCCAACAUGAAUCACUGAUCUGAAGGUAAUCAAUGUAUUUAUUGAUCUGAAUUCAGAGUGAGAGUCACAGGAUCAGAUGUUUUUUCUCCAGUCAUGUCUCGUCCUGCUCUGGAUCCUCCUUUUCAGUUUGGCUUCAGGCCUUUUUAAAUGUGACGCACUUCCUGUUACCUGUAUGUGUCAACUUCUCUCAGGUGAGCAGAGGGUUUUACUUUGAAAGCCGUAAACAGGAAGUUAACUAAAGAUUUAAAAAAUCAGGAUAUCUAAAUGUUUCUGAUGCUCCAGUUUGAUCCGGUUUGAUCCUGUUAAAUAUGAUGAAAAAGCAGAAAUAUGAAUUUCAGUCGAUUUCAGAAAGACCAAGACCUCCUGACAGGAGCUUUAAGUUCAGUCGUUUGUCUGGUUUCCUGGUUUUUCACAAUAAAGGAUGAAACUGAAAAAUACAUGAAGUGAUGCUGAAGAUGUGAGAACCGACUCCUCUACGUCAAAAUAAUAUUAAACUGAUUUAUUCUGGAGAUUACGAUAAACACUCAGAGGGCCUGAAUACUCUCUACUUUUAUUUUGAAAGGCAAAGGUGGAAGUGCUGUUCCUCUCAGGUCUAGCUUCACUCAUCCAGGUGUGUUCGUACCGGCGGUCAUGGGUUUGGUUUACUCCGAGGUAAGAGCAGAAACUGAGGCUUUAAUCUGAAAAACCUUCAUUGAAACAAUUAAUUAUAUUAUUAACCUUCUUAAACUUCAGUAGGAGUGUGUGUUCAGGUGUGUUCAGGUGUGUUUAAGUGUGGAUAAGUGUGUGUGUAAGUGUGUGUGUGUGUGUGUGUGUGACAGACUUUACCUGAGCUCACCUACACUGACUCAGCGUCACUCGGCGGGAACACAGUGGACUGAUGUUCAUUCUGAGAGUUAUUAAUGAACCUGCUGAGACACACACACACACACACACACACACACACACAUACACACACACACACACACACACACACACACAAACACACACACACACACACCACACACUGCAGUAAUACUACAGUACAAGUUGAACACGUUAAACUCUUACUUUGGGUGAACAGCUGUCAGAGAGAAAAUAAAAGUUUUGAUUAGAGGCUUUUAUUUUGAAAGACCAACUUUACUCUAACACACUGAAAGUUAAAAUCAGAGUAUUUUCAUAUUUGUGUACUUGUACUUUAUAGUAUUAUGUUGAUGUUUUUACCAUGAGUCAGUUAUCGGUCUGUAAAAACUUUGUCAGUUUACAGAAUUUGUUUUAUUGACAGUAAAAAUAUUCACAUCAAUUCUCCAUAAUUAUGAGAUUUUCAGAAUAAUGUCCCAGACUUCACUUCACUUUAAGAAACAGAUUAGUUUCUUAAAUGAUUUAAUAAUUCAUUAUAAUUUUCUAAAACAGCUCUCUACGUGAAGAAGACUUUUAUUUUGAAAGUCUGAUUCCUCCAAACAAACAUGUCAGUUAAUGAACUUCUAUAAUAACCUGUUUACAGCUGGAGUCUGUUAAAAUCGGCUGACUCUGCAGUUUCACACUCUGACGUUAAACAGUCUGACAGUCAGGAGCUCAGUCACCGUUUCAUGUCCUGGGUUAGACCGGGGGGGCGGGGGCGGGGUCACCUGUCCUGGUCGUGGUUGACGGUCAGGUAAAGAUCAGGAUCUGUCAGCUGGAAACAAUCAUCUGAAGAUUUUAAACAGGAGGAGAGAAAAAUGAGAAGAAUGUGAGAAAUGUGACGAUCUGAUCAGAAACAGACUCAAGACUCUCCCUCUCUCUCCCCUCUCUCUCUCUCUCUCUCUCUCUCUCUCUCUCUCUCUCUCUCUCUCUCUCCUCUGUCUCUCUCUCCUCUGUCUCUCUCUCCUCUCUCUCUCUCUCUCCUCUGUCUCUCUCUCCUCUGUCUCUCUCUCUCUCCUCUGUCUCUCUCUCUCUUUUUUAUUUUCUGUAUUUGUCGGUGAAAAAUCUCCUCAGACCUGUUUCCUUCGGUCGCUGCAGGCUCCUCUUCAUUUAUAGCCCUUUAGAAUAGCAAUACAAAUACUUUUACUUUGGCGGGGCCUGACUUCCUGGUUACGCUCCUUUAUAAACUCUGGACUGACUCAGAAAAAGUGUGUAAUUAAUGAUUAAUCAGCCUGUAAACAGUGAUGGAGUCUGGAGGGUCCUCACAGGGACACAAACACACACACACACACGUCCUCAUCAGAGAGUCCAGUUAGAGAGCUGAGGUAAACUGGUUUAACUGGUUUAUACUGGAAGGUUACAGGACUGACAACAUGUGGUGUGUUUGUGUUAUCUUUAUGCAAAGUGUGUGUGUACACGGGUAAACAGUUUCAAGAGUUUGUGAAGCAACUUCCUGUUUUUCUUACCCUGAGGUCCUCCAGGUCACUCCUGAUCCUCUUUAAAUACUCGAGCGGAGCCUGUUAUUAAUAAUAUUAAUAAUUAUAAUUACUAAAUAAAAUAACAAUAAAACUAGAACUGAUCCUCUUUAAAUACUCGAGCGGAGCCUUUUAUUAAUAAUAUUAAUAAUUAUAAUAACUAAAUAAAAUGACGACAAUAAAACUAGAACUGAUCCUCUUUAAAUACUCGAGCGGAGCCUGUUAUUAAUAAUAUUAAUAAUUAUAAUAACUAAAUAAAAUGACGACAAUAAAACUGGUACUGAUCCUCUUUAAAUAUCAGAGUUCAGACACAUUCAGAGGAAACACAGGACAGACCAUCACUGUCUUAGAAAAAUAAUAAUAUUAAAACAGAAAAUGAAAUUAAUUAAAAUAUAUAUAUAUAUUAUUAAUUUAUUUAUUAUUAAGACUGUUAUUAUUAUUUUUAUUAUUGUUAAUAUCGCUAGAAUGGCAAUAUUACUUUGAUCAUUAUCAUUAUAAUUAUCAUUAUUGUUAAUGUAAAUAAUUAUCAUCAAAGUAACAGUAAUAAUAAUUUGACAACGGGUAUUUUAAUAUUGCUAUUGUUUGAUUAUUCUUAAUAUUUUGAUUAUUAUUAUUAUUAUGGUUCUAAAAGCAAUAUUAAUAAUAAUAACUUUUUAUAUUAUUAAUAUUGUUUAUUGUUAUUUUUAUAAUACAUUUAUCAUAAAAUAAGUAUAAUCCCUAUAAUCAACCUCUCUCUCUCUCCUCUCAGCCGGCCUGUCAGUCAGCGUACGAUGGCGACGUCCAUCAGCUGUAUCAUUACCUGAAAAAGGACCCGUCUCUCCUGAACACGCAGGAGCGGCAUAACGGGGACACGCCUCUCAUCGCCGCCUGUCGCGGCGGUCACCUGAGGGUGGUGCAGUACCUGCUGGAGAACAAGGCCAAUGCCCACCUGACCAAUGAGGUGUGUCCUCCUGCUGACAUCACUCUGACGCCCUCACCUGUCGUCCUGACUCUAACCUGUGAGUGUGUUACAGAAAAAGAGGACGUGUCUGCACUACGUGUCCAAGAGGGGAUUCUCGCUGCUGGACUACCUCAUGAUCGCCAUCCUGAUGCCCAUCCUGCUGCUGGGAUACUUCCUCAUGGUAACACACACACACACACACACACACACACACACACACACACACACACACACACACAGAGUUCACUUUUUCAGUGUCUCAGCUGUUCUUGAAUUAAAGUCCACAUGCAGAAGUUCUUGUAUGGUGUCCUCAGAAUGUAUCAAACACAUGUAUGUAUGUGUGUGUGUGUGUGUGUGUGUGUGUGUGUGUGUGUGUGUGUGUGUGUGUGUGUGUUUCAGCUGCAGAAACAGAGACAACACGCGGCUCUGAUGAAGGCCGUGCUGAGCACUAAAGUGAACGUCAACGCGGUCGACUAUGUGAGUAAAAACUAUAGACUGUAUCUAGAAUAGACGCCGUCUGCCUCCUCUCUUAGAACAGCGCCCUCUGGUGACGGGCUGCAGUAUAGGUCCUAAACCCCGCCUCCUUAUGGAGCUGUGGACAAACUUUAUAAAUGAAUGACACAGAAUAUAAAUGUUUCUCCCCCCUGGUUGUGAUGUUGACAUGUAGUUACUGUCAGACUGGUUUGUGCUCAAGUCCUCUUUUUUCUGUACUGCUCCAUUUUUAAAAGUUAUUAGGGGGUUCAUGUUUUCUAUGAUUGACACCUGAUACAGCCAAUGGGAGGACAGAGAUUGCGUAGCUCCCCCGGGUGAUUCGCUGUAUAUACAGUCUAUGGUAAAAACCUGCUUAAUAUAAAAGCAGGAUUCUGGGUAAUGAAGUCCGUUAAAAGUAUCAGUUUUUAUCAGAGUUUUCCUGUCUGUGUUUUUGUUCUGCGCUCAGAGAGGAAACACGGCCCUUCAUUACGUCUGUCAGAGGAAAAACCACCGUCUGGUUCCUCUGCUGCUGGACAGAAACGCCAACACUCACAUUAAAAAUGAAGUAAGGACACAAACGUACCGACACAGCAGGUUUUCUGCAGCCUGACGAGCGUCUGUGGACUUAACUCUGUUUUCUUCUUCAUCUUUAGGACGGAGAAACGCCGUUGGACAUCGCCACCAGGCUGAAGUUUAAGAAGAUCAUCGUCCUGCUGAAGAAGAAAAGAGGACAGACGGAAAAUUGAGUCACUUUAAGGUUAAUUUCAUGUCAGCAAAGAAAGAUUUUAAUGUAUUUUCACAGCCGAGCUCUUCUCCUGUCGGGUCCCGAUUUUAAUUAUUUAACAUUCACUUAAAGUUCGGAUUUAUUAACCGGUUCAACAUUUUUAAGGAAAGCUCAUAAACUCAAAUGUUAAAAACAGAUCAAGUUUGAUUAAGUUUGUUUUAAAUAAUCUGGGAAUAAUCCUGGAGCGUGUUACAGCAGCUGUUAGCUUCGUGCUAGCAUCAGUGUUAGCUAGUGAGUUGCAUCGUUACAAAAUAAAAUCAGUUUUAACCUGAAAACAGGAAAUGUUUACACUGAGAGAUCAGCUGUUACAACAAGUUUGGAGAAACGAACAUGCAGGUUGGCUAGCUAGCUAACUGACUAACUAAACUGCAGUACAGGAGUUAGCAUGCUAAUGUUUGAUGUUGACUCACAGUGUCUGAUCUGAAUCUAGAUUAAGACGUUUACCUGCUAACUGACGGGUUAAAGCUUCAGUCACAGCUGUGGACCAUCCGGGUUUGUUCUGUUCUUCAGUUUUCAGGUCCUCCUGGAUUUUCUCAGAGCAGUCCGUGGUUUAAAGUUCCGAUCAGUAAAGUUCCUCCGACAGAAUCGUCAUUUUCAUUAAAAACUCGACAAAGUGUAUUUUUAAAAAUUAACUUGUUUAUAAAUAUAUUUGACAUAUUUGAGAAACUGUUUCUAAUCUGAGAGACGACAGAGAAAGAAGAAAGUUCGUCUUCAUGUUUAAAAGAUCUCAAAGUUGUAAAAAUGAUUCUGUAGUUUCAGUGAAGCAGGAAGUUCAAGUUAGGAACAGAUCGAGUUAGGGCUGGGCGAUAAAACGAUAACGAUAUAUAUCAAAAAUUAAUUUCCCUCAAUAUCAAUAUAAAACAUGAUCAAUAUCUUUCUUUGAUCGUCGGCAUUCUACCAUGUUUUGGUCGACUAUACGAACAGCCAAUGAAAAGGCUAUAUAUAUGAGCGUUUCUGACCAUUUCUGUUACCGUGACGACAGAAUUUCUUUUUUUAAUAUCUACAUAGAAUCUGUUUUAAAAAAGUACCAGCCCACACGUGGAAAAGGCCUUCGCUUCUGUUGAAUUAGCUGGUAUCAUCCACAUACCACGGUAAAUGCUAGCUAGCUGUUCACAUGCACUUUUAAACCCUAAAUAAGACGCUAAACUUUUUAUUCUUUAUAUGUCGCUAAAAUGUCAAAAUGAAAACUUCAGUUUUUAUAAAUCUGCUUGUUUAAUUAAGUAUUGACCAUCUGAUGCAUUUCAAAUUGCUGUUUUUGUAUUUAUCCUGAAAGUGGUUAUUAAUAAAAUCUAUAAACAACAAAAA